CUGUUUUGGAGCGUGAUGGUCUAUCCUCUGUCGUUUCAGACGGUCCCACAGUGGUCACUGUACCCCAGUCUGUUUUGGAGCGUGAUGGUCUAUCCUCUGUCGUUUCAGACGGUCCCACAGUGGUCACUGUACCCCAGUCUGUUUUGGUGGCUGAUGAUCGGUGAUGUGUCGUUUCAGACGGUCCCACAGUGGUCACUGUACCCCAGUCGGGUGUGGUGGUUGCCGAGCGGGGAACAGAUGAGACUCUGCAGUGUACGGCCGAUGGGAAACCCCAGCCAACCAUCACCUGGAGGAAACAGUCGGGCGACCUGCCCGGCGGCGAGAAGGUGGCCGCCGGAGAGCGUUACACGGUCUCGGACAUCACGCGACAGAUGGCCGGCGUGUACGAGUGCGUGGCCGACAACGGACUGGGCCAGGUGGCCGUCGGCGCAAUACGGCUGCAGGUGCACUACCCGCCGGAAGUGGAGGUGGAAAAGAGCACAGUUUAUACCGGCGAGGGCUACAGCGUGGUCCUGGUCUGCUUCGUGUACGCCGAUCCACCAGCCAAGGUGAUCUGGGACCGCGAGGAUUCGACGUUCGACAGCAGUCGCCACAGCGAGCCGGACGAGGUGGUGAUGGGCUCACGACACGAGCUGGUCAUCCAGAGCGUGGGCAGAGACGACUUCGGACGGUACUCGUGCAAGGCCACCAACAGUCUGGGCACAAUGACCCGGCAUAUGUCGGUUACAGGCGUGGCUGACCGGGUGGAGAUCACCAGUGAGCCGGUCAGCACUGCUCCGGACGUCUACGACCUCUCGUGGCAGGUGCAAAGCUUCUCGCCCGUUCAAGAGUACAAGGUGGCUUACCGGAGGAGCAAGCACAACAUAUCGGUGGAGCAGCCGUCAGUCUGGAAAGAGGUGAUCGUUCCCACCACGGGCAGCGAGCCGGUGGGAGACGUGCUCUACCACCAGCGGAUAACUCUGCGGGGUCUCGAACCGGCUACCGCCUACGACCUCAAGAUCCAGGCGCGGAACGCCCACGGAUGGAACGCGGUCUCGGACCAGUUCCGGUUCGCCACGCUCACCCGGGGUGAAGCCCUCGAGUCUCGGAUAGCCGGUACCGGCGGCGGCCCGUCGCGUCGGUUACAUCCUCUGCUGGGCUCGGCACUGGUGCUGGCGGUCAUCAUUCUACCAGCUGUGCUCUGAGCUCAUCUCUCUCACGACGUCAGCGCAGAGACUGGGAGACUCUGUCGCUUGACGAAUCAGCCGGCCCCGCGCCAGACUCCAGACUCGUUGUCAGCGUCUGCGUCGAACCAGUGGUGUGCAAAGGUGCGACAGAUCCGGUAGGGUGUGGGAAGAGGGCCAUAUCGGUAGGUGGCAAGCCCACAUGACUCAAAAGUGAUGUCAGUGAGACCCAAUGACUCUGUGACAGUUUUUGCGAGCCUCAUUCAGGACUCUUGAGAAGCAGGUGUCUUUGGGCAUCCUAGGACUUUUGGUCAAUGAGCCUGAGGCCUGUGAAGGAGCUGUGUCAAUGAGGGCUGCUCUGGGGAGUGGUGUCAGUGAGGUACCAAGACUCUAGAACAGUGUGAGCAACGCUCCACAUCGCUCCAGAAUUGUACCGAUCUCAACAGUACGACACGGGGCAGAUCUCAGCAGCAUUCAUGGACUGCGCUGCGCGCCCCUUCGUGUAAGUGAAAGGCUGGCGCUGCACUGCUCUGCUGUGUGGGACGGGGGUAUGUCGUCCUCAUAUGUUCGUCAGAGCAGGCCAGAGCGAGGCUCCCGCGCUGAACUCGGCGAAUUCGCCCGCUCGCGAGGGCCGACACCAACACUGCGUGACGGAGAAGCGCCGACGCUCGUAGUGUGACGUCAUCGGUGGUGUCACGGCUGUGCGGUGACGUCACACUGCAGUGACGCCAUGGGCGUUUAGUGACGUCACAGGCUGCCGACUUCUGACGAAGUGUUGGCGUAGGCAGCGAUGUAUUUUUGUAUGGCGCCUGUACAAGAUCAGGUGGACGAACCUUUUGUACAGGCUUGUGUUUUAGGAUGUCCGGCGCUAGGUGUUAUGUGCGCCGGUCACUGCAUGGAGACAGAUGGUGGAGACCAUGGUGACCCCUGUCCCGAGGAGGGCCCGUUUGGAUCGUAGGGAGUGCGGUCCCGCCACCGACUGGCCGCGUAUGUGGUGUCUCUGGAUGGAUCGCUCGAUUUAUGUCCGUUGUACAGACGUGCUGUAUGACCAGGUGAUAUGUUUCUGCAUUCGACCUGUUCUCGCUCCCUCUAUUGUAAAACGUCGUGCCGUUAGAACCACGUAGCUAAUAUCAGCACAUGCCUUCCAUGACCAUUUCAUAGCCACAGACGACGGUCACACCAACGCUGCGGGAUUAGAUGGGCACGAGCUAUAUCGAUAUCUAGUUACGUUCCGGUCAUGUUGGAAGCUAGCAGGCGAUUCUUCACAAGGUGGUAGUUUUGCUGUCCUGUGCAAUAAAUGGUGCUGAUCUUUACGUUCUCGAUUAUGAUUUACAGCCGCUGAAAACGCCAUCGCAUUGUCGUUAUGAUAAAUAAAAGAGGCUCCCUAGCACAUAGUUCUGAUGAAUGUGUCGUGGUGGGAAAUAAGUUAGAGAUAAUCGCUUAAGUCAGAUUAAUUUGGUUAUAAAGCAUCUGCCAGUGCAUCGAUUUUCAAAGUGACCUAUAGCCAAGACAGGUCAAAGAAAAAUGAAUUAGGAUGAUCUUCUAAUAACACUGUGCCCUUGAAAACCAUCGGAACUUUCUGAAAUUGUGUCUGCUUAUGAUAUGACUUACCUGAAAAACAUAGCACAAUAAAAUCUGGUUCCACAAUCGU